UUUAGCUUGUCACUUUGCUUUCACAGAUUUAUCGUUACGGUAUAUAUGUCCGUUAACGAUUGAAAAGUUGCGGGUUGAGUAUUCAAGAGAAGUUAAACACUCGUCUCAACUUCACAGCAGUCAACUUGGAUAAAAAGCCAACAGGAGCGGAACGAGACGAAGCCAAUGAUAGCCGUCCAGCUAGUUAGCGCAGCUCACCGGUUGUACAGUUUAACUAGUUGGCGUUAGUUUCGAGAUUGUCCUUAUAUUUAUAUGAACACUGACCUCGUAUCGCUGUAAUUUUAAGUUAUUUCACCUGUCCAGAUGUUCCUACCUCAGACACAGGCGGGAAAGCUUUUUUAAUUAACGCUAACGUCAAGCUAGCAUUCGCACCAAGCUCGCUAACGGCGCGUUGUGAAGCGUAAAUGAACACCCAUUAGCACGUCGAGCACAACACUACGCUGCCUACCAGGUAUCACAGGAUCACAGGCAGCAGAAUGGCCACAGACUGGUUGGGUAGUGUUGUGUCUAUAAACUGCGGGCUGACGUUGGGAGUUUAUCAGGGAGAGGUGUUGUCUGUCGAUCACGCCAGCCAGACCAUUUCUCUGAGACAGCCCUAUCACAACGGGGUCAAAUGCCCUCUUCCUGAAGUCACUUUCAGUGCCAUUGAUAUCAAGGAGUUGAAGUUCCUAGAUAUCCAGAAUAUAGUCAACCAGCCCAGCACCGGUCAGGGAGCUGCAACAGAAUCCAGCUUCAUACCUUCAGCACGCCAUGGACAGAGUAACAGAGUCUCUCUACCUCAUGUGACAAGCAGCGGCUCCUACUCCAGCUCUGCACCAAUCACCAUCCUCCGCAGAGCCCCUGCAGGUUCGUCUAACAGCAGAGGGGCGAUGCAGGCCGCACAAAAGAAGAACAGUGUGAGGAACGGAGGCCCGACGAGGACCAGGGACGACGAGUGCUUCGGAGGCGGGACCGAUGAGAACAUGGGCGCGGACUUCGACUUUGAGGGGAACCUGGCUCUGUUCGACAAAGCCGCCGUCUUCUCCCAGAUCGAAGGGACCGCCGGCCAAAGCAACAGGGCGCCGCAUCACAACGUGCAGGGCGAUCAUAAGCCCCUGUCCUACCGCCAUGACGAGAAUAUCUUGGAGGCGAAGCCCGUCAUAUACCGGCAGAUAACGGUGCCCCAGCACGAGGGCAAAGAAUACUGUACCGCAGACGGCAGCGACAAACGGGAGAGGAAAUGGAGAAUCUUCCGUAAUGAGAGCAAUAAUUCGGGCCUGGUGGUUCCCAGCAUCCCCUAUGAGCUUCACAAGCGUCUGCUGGCGGCCGCGGAGCGAUGGGGCCUGUCCCUCGAGCGCAGGCUGGAGACAACCGGCGUCUGCUCCAGUCAGAUGGCGCUCACCCUGCUGGGCGGACCAAACAGACUCACCCCCAAAAACGUCCACCAGAGGCCCACUGUCGUCCUCCUGUGUGGGCCACACAUCCAGGGAGCCCAGGGUGUCAGCUGCGGCAGACACUUGGCCAACCACGGGGUGGAGGUCAUCCUGUUUCUGCCCAAUUUUGUCAAGAUGCAGGAGUCGGUCACUGGCGAGGUCCACCUCUACACCAGGACCGGCAACAAGCAGGUGGCCAGCGUCAAAGACCUGCCGACAAGCCCAGUCGACCUGGUCAUCAACUGCCUGGACUGCCACGAGAACCCAAUGCUGAGGGAGCAGUCCUGGUACCAAUCAGCCGUCGACUGGGCCAACCAGAACCGUGCUCCCGUCCUGAGUAUCGACCCCGCGAUCGGCGGUCCGCAUCAGACUGUCGAGGCGAAGUGGACCCUCUCUUUGGGCCUUCCUUUACCGUUGGCCGAGACGGAGAGCCGGGUCUACCUCUGUGACAUUGGCAUCCCGAAACUGGUUUUCCAGGAAGUUGGAAUCUGCUACUGUUCACCAUUUGGAUGUAAAUUUGUCAUUCCCCUGCACACGCCAUAGCGCAGAAGCCACUGACUUUGAACUUAGUUACAAUAGGUCUGCUCCCCUCAGUGGGGAAUGGUACGAUCUGGUCAGAAACUGGAUACAACUUCAGAACAUGUCUGAAAGCAUAUGGUGUAGUUAUUUCCUUGCUGAACCUCUGGAAACUCCCGGAGGGGAGGGGUGGGGGGGGAGGGGUGGGGGUGGUGCCGCGCGUUGCGUGCGACAGCGUUUGUUUUUGAGAGGGAAAGGUUUCCUGUUCUUUGGUGUGUUUUGAUAAGGGCUCUGGAUGACUAUGGGAAUGUGUUUACAAAACGCUGACCACUGAGUCCGCGACCUCUGAUCCUGUGACCAGUCAGAGUAACAGAGCCACAGUUCCUGUUUCCUCCUCCAGAUUGCAUGUGGAGGCCGGUCCCCGACCCCGAGCUUCGCUCGGCCCAAAGCCGCCUGCCAACCCAGACCUGACAUUCAUCUGGCAAACACGUCCAUUGUCUUUCAAUUUAAUGCAAUGUGGGACCCACAUUUAAAUUGGUGUUUUUUGUCAAGUAAUGGUCAUAGCAUGUUUCACUGAAACGUUGCUCUUAUACAGAAUUUAUAUUUGUGUUAUUUGUAUUUAUUUUUGGAAUACGUCUCAGGAACAAUGUUUGAAACAUGUACAAACUUUAUAUUUGCAUUUACAGUACAUCCAAUAGCCUCUUUGCCCUGUCUGGUGAGUUCUUAACCACUAACAUUAAACAUGAAAAGUAGAUGGCAACUAAUUUCCUGUUUCUGAAAUCUUGCAGUUAGACAGGAUUUAUUUAUCACACAUUCCAUGGACCAACAACAUCUUGGACCAGGUUUAUCUCUUAAUCCCUUUAAUUUGGGAUUACGGCUUGUUUGGUUGGAUGAAACCUAAUUGUUAUUUUCCAUUUUUUACACCUCGGUUUCAGCCCCCGAAGUAACCAUUCCUUUCAUUUGGUUACCGUAGCGAUCUUCUGUUAAAACCUCAGAUCAGCAAACUGUCACCGUUACAAGUUAAAAUGACAAUCACAUUUUUCAUCUGGCAGCUACUCACUUUUAAAAUUAUGCUGGUGUCUUUUUUUUGGAGCGUUUAAGUUAUUGUGUAGCCAAAAGUAAUAAAUGCCCUUUUUGCAGACUUUUCACUCCACUAACUGCAACACAUUGGAGCCGAUAAAUCAUUUAUUGCACUUCAGUCGUCUCUGGACCAAAUGUGUGAUGGAGGGGUGAUGCUUUUUUGAUUAAAGCUGCAUCUGCGGCUCUCUGCCAAAAACAGUUGGAAAGAAUUGAGUCAUUUGUGGUGAACAAGAGUGUUUCAAUUGGCAGCUCCACAACAGAUCUGGGACCGGAGAGUUUACCCAAUACCAGAAACUGCCCAGAUCCAGGUGCGCACAGCUCGGAGGGGGAGCAGAGUGGAUUAAGCUUAAUCUGUUGUUGGUUGGAAAAUCAAUAUAAAUCAAACCUCCACUCGGGGAAACACGAGCAGUUUUAGACACUGCAGCUUCUUUCUCUGCUUUUUCAGAGCUUAACUUUUUCCCUCUGCAUUACAGCAAAGACUAAAGGAAACACUUAAAAUGUGAUCAUGAUUGUAAUAAAGAAAUAAAAAAAUUAUUGUCAAUUUUAUUUGGGUGGAUCUUGAGAUCUAUGUAUUGUGAGGGGGGCGAGGAAAACCUUGCAGUACAAAAUAAUGUGAAUUUAGUGCCGAUGGGUUUGUACCUCACAUUUGUAUUUAUUUUUCAGAAGUGAAGUCAACUCAACUGGACAAUGUUGAAGAUAUUUUGACUGAUUUGUUGCCGUCACGUUUUUUUCUUUCUGACAGCCGUGUGUAAGUCGUGUGAAUAGCAUUAUGGAGAGCGUCCUAUAAAAAAUGUGUGUCUAUAUAAUGUGUCUUUAGGUAGACAUGUGAUGGUCUUCUGAAACGAUGCAGAAGCUACAGGUUGGACACUCCUUUAUAUGCAAUUAAAAAAUCUGUGUAAAAUUG